AUGGGCGACACUUCGGAGCUCCGCUUUUGCGAAGCCGAGAUCGACAGCACGGGCGGUCUGACAGAAACCUACGAGUGGCUCAUGAGGAAGAAUUGGAAAUUGCUGGAUCGGGAGAGGCGCGUGGACUGGUGCCACGCGGAGGUGCGAGAGCUCGCCAUGGAGGAAGCACGCAACUGGAAGCUCGAUUGGGUCAUCGGCGGCUUUUGCCUGGACAACCACAGGGUCGCAGUCCACGAGCUGAUCAUCAACAUGGCCAAGAAGGACAGCGUCGCGAUCGCGUUCUCGACGCAGGCGUUCUGCGACAGCGUGGAGCGGUAUUUCAGGGAGAAGACGCGAGGAACGUCGCCGUCGUCCACUGCAAGGUCUUCCGGCACAGCCGCAGCAGCUGAUCGCUCACCUUGCAUUGUACCUGCAGGCGCAACCCCUGCUGACGACGCGGCGCCCGCUCGGCCCCCAGCGAGGCGCCACAGGCGGGCAAGGGCCGGACGGGCAUGUUCCUGUCCACCUACAUGGUGCACGCUCGGGUCUGCGGCUCCGCCGACGAGGCCCUGCGCACCUUCGCGGUCCAGAGGACCCCCAGGGAUGAGGGCCGGGCUGCUCGGGGUCACUGUGCCGAGCCAGCUCAGGAACAUCCGGUAUUACGAGAAGAUGCGGCAGAGCCGAUGGGCGGCCGCCCCCAUGCAGACGCUGCAGCUGAACUGCGUCAGAGUCGGAUUAGACUCCCCAUCCUUUGUGAACGGCCUGAACGGCUUGGGCGCAACCGGCUGCCAUCCCUACUUCAAGGUGAAGGUCUGGCAGCCAGCGCCUGGCGCCGGCGUUACUGGGCCCCGAGAUUUGGUCACCGUGUACAACCACAGGACUUCGAUUGAAGCACGUCGGCGAGAUAGCGCGGGUCGAGGCCGGCACGCCCUGUACCGACCUCCGCUGCGUGGACACGAAGGGGCCGCUGCUGCGCGGGCACGCACAGGUCGCCCUGUACACGGAGCGCCCCGGCUGGGCGGCCGAGGAGAUGUGCCACAUUUGGUUCCACACCGGGUUCGAAGAGAUUGGCGUUGUGAAGUUCAGCAAGGAGACGAGGUCGACAUGGCCCACAAAGAUAAAAAAUGCCAGCGCUUUCCCCCGGGCUUCGAGGUUCACCUCUUCCUCGGCCCCCCCAACACCCAGCUGUGAGGCCCCCCGCGAGGAGCCGCGCGGGCCAGGCGGGGGCGCCCACCGCGUUGCGCGGGGCGCGGGUUUGGAAGCCGUCGCGCGGCCGGCCGCGGGGUGUCCCGACAUGGCUCUGGCUGACCUGGAAGAGCGUUGGCCCAGGACAGCGCGCCCGCGAGCCACUUUUUUCCGAUAUUGCAAGCGCUCUGAGAAUUAUGCGUCUGUUGCACGCGUUAGUCGGCCGCCGGCUCAAUGCCGCGCCGCCCGGGUGUUUGGGCCAGAUUCGCAGUUGCCGCUCUUUUCUUACGCACGAAUCAUUCGUUAGUUGUGAUCUCUCAGGGGGUACAGUCAGGUUGUGGCGCUGUGUCCUUCUCGCUUCUUCCUCUCCCCUCUUCCCCACGCCUGCGGCACACCCGUUCCUCUUUCAGUAGGCACCUCAUGCACACAGCAUUUGAUCAUCUGGUAGAUUGCGCACAGCGACCGUGCAAGCCUUAUGAUUGGCGACGCACACGGUGCAGCCAGCGAGUUCCCAUACGUGGCAAUGCCAAGUUUCACAGCAGGGACUUUGCGAUUAGGGACACCGGUGUUUCGGCAAGUGCCACAUGUUGCGUCUCAAAGGGACGGUAAAUAGUCUGAGAGCUCCUUCGAGGCACGGUUUCCUACGGCGCAGGCGUUUGACGAUGAAUCUUCGCUAGAAACACGUUUCAUAGAGCAGUCGUUGUUUGAGCGUGUGUUUAUCUCCGCGAGCAGCCCAUGCAUGGGUUGUUUUGCAGUCGUGAGAUGCUUCGUCAGUUCAUUACGUAAGCACACAGCGAACUAUGAUUCCGAGGUGGGUUUGUCCGCAUCAUGUGGCCGAUGGCCAAAGCAGCCGUCGAUCUGUACCAUGUUGAUGAUGAGGAUGUAUCUUGUUUUGUCCCAACGUCCACAAUUCCUCGUCCACCUGCGUGCUUUGGCGAGCCUCUCUUCUUACAUCAUACCAUGCGAAGGUCUUUUCGUUCUAGCUUCCUGAGAGCUUUGCCAUUGGCCCGAUGCAGCGAAUCCUUCUCCACUUGUCGUGCCCGUGACCUUAUAUCAGCCACGUCUGAACACACAGGUCUGCCACAUUUCCAAAUGUUCCAAAAACGC